CACUUCCGGUCGGCGGGCUGGUGAGCGGUACUUCGGGCGAGAGGUGCUUCCGGCGCGCGGCGAUGGCGGCGCAGUUCCGCAGCUACGUGUGGGACCCGGCGCUGAUCGUGGCGCAGAUGGUGCUGCUGCAGGCCAGCUACUACAGCUCGCUCGGGCUCUGGCUUGCCCUCCUCGGCGCGCUGGGGAGCACCGGGCCCUCCCUCCACCAGGUCUUCAGCGACGAGAUUUUAGGCUUCUCAACGCCGCCAGGGAGGCUCUCCAUGAUGGCUUUCAUCCUCAAUGCGCUCACAUGUGCUCUGGGUUUGCUGUAUUUCAUCCGCCGAGGAAAGCAGUGCCUGGAUUUCACAGUCACAGUUCACUUCUUCCACCUUCUGGGCUGCUGGAUUUACAACUCGCACUUUCCCUCAACCCUGACGUGGUGGCUGGUGCACAUCGUGUGCACCGCACUGAUGGCUGCAAUCGGAGAGUACCUCUGCAUGAGGAUAGAACUCAGAGAAAUCCCCCUCAAUUCUGCCCCCAAAUCCAAUGUAUAGACUCGCUCUGGCUACAACAUGCUGCAUUAUGUCAUUGUUUUGAGCACAAGUGCAUCUGAUGCCUGAGAGUCAUCACUGAAGAAGCACAGCAGGUCUGUUUAGACUUUUUUUUUUUUUUUUGGACCUUGGUGACUGCAUGAGUGUGAGCAUCUCCUCUGGCAUCAGCCAGCAAUGGGAGAGGAGCAGAUAUUUAUUUUAUUAACACAGAACAUUUAAUAAAACUGUAUGGCAAGCGUGCUCUUAAACUCUUCACUCAUGAGACUGUUAAAAUCCAGGUAGCAAAACUUGAUGCGUGAGGAGCAUCUGGAAUUUAACAAAUGUUGGAGAACCCUGUAUGGGUAAUGCAGUGGUCAGCUUUUCCUGCAGGAGCUGGCACAGUGAGCAGUGGGGCUGUGAGCUGCUGCUUCAGAUCUGUAACUCCUUUGGGCUUUGAUUGGAAAAAAAGUCAAGGAAGUGAAUGGACGGGGAGAAAGAAAAUAGAUGUACUUACCUGAAUCACCAGCUGAGACCCUAAAUAACCUCUAAUGUUAGAUGAGUUUAUUUGCUG